UGUGAUGUUAAGCUUUUGAUACCUUUUCAUGAACAUGAAAACUCUGUAAAUAUCACAACCAUAACCUCAAACAUCACAAAGAAACUCUGUUUAGCUGCUAAUAUUCUCUUAUCUAACUGUAAUUAUCCAAAUUUAAAAAUAAAAAAAGGAAAAAGAAAGUGGAACUAUCAGAUAGCAGAAAGAAAGAGAGAGAGAGAAAAAAAAGGGGAAGCUUGUUGUUGCUGAGAAGGAAAGAAGCAGAACAGCAAGUUACUAUCCAACCCUAAAGCCAAAAGCCUGUUUCAAGAAUCAUCAUCAUCAUCGUUAUCAAUUGCUUCUGCUGCUGCUGCUACAAUUUCAUUUCUUGUACCUUUUUGGGUGUUCAUUUUUUAUUGGAAAAAAUGGUUGCUUAGGGUUUACUUCUAUUUUGAUCCACAACACACUCUUCUGCAUUUUUAGGAAAAAUGCUUUCUUGGGUUUACUUUUGUUUUAUUUCACAACCCAUCUUUGCAUUUUGCUGAUCUGUACAAUUUCUUGCAGAUCCAGCUUUGGGUUUCUGCUGAUUCUUGAUCUUUUCUUCUUUCAAGCUCAGAUUUUUCUUCAAGUUUCAAGCUUAUGGUGUCAAGCUAAGCUUUUGGAGUAGUGGGGUUUGAGUGGUUUCUUCUAUUUAUGCUAAUUCCACUUUUGAUGAGGUUAUAAGCUCAAGGGGAACAGUUAUUUGACUUGCUUUUGUUUAAUUAGUGAUUGGGUUAGGUUUCUUGAGGAUACUGGAUUUUGUUAUAAAGUUGACUUAGUGGCUAAAGAUUCAGAUUUGGCCUUAGAUUAUGGUGUUUGGAAUUGAGGUUAUUUUAGCUAGUUUCAGACACUGAAGUGCAAUGUGGCAAGGACUUUUGUCUAUGUGUGAAUUGUACGUAGAAGAGGUAGUUUGGAGUAAUUUGAAUUCCCACUUUGAGAUUUACGUGUAAACUUGAGUUAGCUUUUUGAUUCCCAAGUGAAAGCUGAGUUGUUUUAGUUAAAGUGGGUUGAAAGUCUUUGCGCGAUUUUUGUUUAUGGGGAACAUGAUAUGCUAUUUUAGUGUUGGACUCCUGGGGGGAGUUUGACUGAUUGAGUAAGCUGAAGCGGACACUGUGAUGCCUCCUUCACCGGCUAUGAGAUGCUCUCCUGGAAGGGAGAUCAGGGCAGAAAAUCACAAGAGAGGGCGUAGUCUUGAAAGUGGGAUUCAUUUGAGGGAGAAGGAUGAUGAUCUUGCCCUGUUUAAUGAGGUGCAAACCAGAGAAAGAGAUAACUUCUUGCUUCAAUCAAAUGAUGACUUGGACGACUUAUUUUCAACUAAAUUGAGGUAUUUUUCGGAUUAUAAGCUUGGAGUAUCGAUUCCAGCUCGAGGAGAGAGUAGUGACCUGCUUAAUGUGGAGGGUGAUAAGAAUGACUAUGACUGGUUAUUGACCCCUCCGGACACUCCUCUUUUUCCUUCUUUGGAUGACGAGAGUCAUGAGACACGCCCGACUAAUCUUGAGCAGAGGGGCCGACCUAGAAGUCAACCCAUUUCAAUCUCUAGAUCGUCAACGAUGGACAAGAGUUACAGAAGUAGUAGAGGUAGCGCCAGUCCAAAUCGCCUUAGCCCAUCUCCUAGGUCUAGCUAUACUGCCAAUCAAUCAAGAGGGAGACCAUCUUCAGCUCCUCAUUCAAGUCCACCACCUAAUUUGCGGCAUUCUACUCCAACAAGGAAACCGUCUCCCUCACCUAAUAAACUCUCUACACCUCCUCCAAGGUCCUCUACACCAACUCCUCGGAGGAUGAGCACAGGUUCUAGUGGUACGGCAGCUCCAUCGCGAGUGAGGGGCACCUCUCCUGUCAAGACUGGUAGAGGGAACUCGGCAUCACCAAAGAUUAGGGCAUGGCAGUCAAAUAUUCCAGGAUUUUCUUUAGAGGCACCUCCUAAUCUUCGCACUUCACUGGGUGAUCGCCCUGCUUCCUAUGUGAGAGGGUCCUCUCCUGCAUCCAGAAGCGGAACUAGGUCUGGAAGACAAUCAAUGUCCCCGACUGCUACUCGAAGUGUUAGUUCAUCACAUAGUCAUGAACGUGACCAUUUUAGCUCUCACAGUAAAGGUUCAGUUGCAUCGUCUGGUGAUGACGACAUAGAUUCUCUACAAUCCAUUCCUGUGAGCAGUUCAGAUCGCUCAGGUCCAAGAAGUAUCAAUGGAUUUCAAAGUAAGAAAGCUCUUGGCCUUUCAAAGAAGCCAACAAGAGUAGUGUCCUCAAGUUCUGCUCCGAAGAGAUCCUUUGACAUGGCAAUCCGGCAAAUGGAUCAAAGGAAAGCUCCCCAGAAUAUGUUCAGGCCUCUCAUGUCAAGUGUCCCUAGUUCAACCUUCUACGCAGGUAAAGCUAGCGCCGCACAUCGUUCUAUGAUUUCCAGAAACUCUUCUAUCACAACUAGCAGUAAUGCUAGCUCCGAUCAAGCUACGACUGCACUACAUGACACUGAAGGAAGUGAGCAAAACCAGGAGGAUAUAGGUAAUGGUCAAGUAAAGACAACAUAUGCUGAUUUACAGGAGGAAGUUUUUGUCCUUGAUAAGGCUGAUGCUACGAAUGAAGCUCUUGGGAAGCAAAUAUAUGAUAGGGCAUCUUGUAGUCCGCUUGGUGAACUUGAUGGUGACCUGAUGGUUGAUUCUCAACUUGUUGGCUAUGAAAUUGGCUGUCCACGUGAUAAAGCUGUGGAAAUCACAGCAGAUUUGGAAGUCUUGAACUCGAAUGUCAAUGUGACACGUAUAGAUGCUCUAGAAGAUGCGGUACAGUGUUGUAGAUGUGGUCAGUGGUACUAUGACACUGAAACAAUUGAUGGAGAUCUAAAGCUUUGUCCAGAUUGCAGAAGUUCAGAAGUACAAUUGCUUGGUGAGAGUUCUCCUGAAACUUUGACAGCAAUCCUAGAAGACAGACUAGUUGAUGGUUUUGUGCCAGCUGGCGAUUCACGUAAUUCCUCAGAAGCAACUGGCAAGAAUAUAUUAGGGGAUUGUCAUACUAGAUUGAGUCCUGAUGCGGGUGAGAAGUCUUUUAUGAAUCCGCAUGUAGAUGAAGGUGUGCAAGCUCUUGCCAACCGCCAAGCAAUGGCUCAAUCGCCCAAUGCUAACAUUAGCUCCGAGCCUGACCUGAUUGCUGAAAUUCCAGAAGGUGCAGGUAUUUCAGUGCUGCUAAAUAGAUCAAGUAGUGGGAAAGGAAACAUUGUUCAAAACAGAACACUUUAUGCCACUAAUAUAAAUUAUGAUGAUUUAUCAUAUGUAAGAGACACAGUGAACAGCUUGAGAAGCUCCACUGGGUAUGGCAGUGCAUCCGCUUCAUCAUCCAUUGACUUGGGUUCCACUGGUCAGACAGAGACUCGCUUCCAGCGGCAAUUAAGUGGAAGGAAACUUGACUUGGAAAAUUAUAGGAAUCAGGGUGAUAGAAAGCUCCAAAGCUCCAACUCAUCCUUGUCUGGAACUUCAAGUCAUGCAGUCCAAACUUUAAGCAUCACAACAAGUUCCCUUGAAGAGUUCUCUGAAACAUCUGCUUCUGCCCACUUGCAAAAGAAUGUUGAUCGAGAAGAACAACUGCUGCAUGGGGAAAAUACAAAAGUGAACAACUUUUGCACUGAUGUUGAGAGUGAUGAUAAUUGUAGAAUUUCCUCUAAAUCAGUGGAUCACACAGGAUCUGUGCCGUCAAUUGCAAAUUUUGACGAGUCCACUUCAUCUGUGAAUGGUGAAAACUUGGCAAACAACUCAGACAAUUCUGUGAACGUGGAACCUUGUGGUUUGAUUUCUGAAACUCGUCCUAUUGAGGAAGAUGUUUCAAAUUCCUCCGUUGACAAAGUGGAGGUUGCGACUUCUUUGAAUCAGAGCUCACUAGAUGCAAUAUCUGAGCUGGAAAUUGAGAAUGGUCAUGUGGGUUCUCCUGAUUCACAAUCUGAUAUCUGCUCCUUUCACUCGGAGAGCAGCAUAGAUGAAUUAAACGAGCAGUCCUUGCAUGCAGCAUCUGGUGAUGGCAAUGAAAUUGUAGCGACUGUUGAAAAAUCUGAGUCCAUGGAUCACAAAGACAUCAUUCUCGAAGAAUCAACUGUUACGCUGGAGGGGCAAGGAGGAAAUAAGGCGAGAAGCUUGACACUAGAAGAAGCUACUGACACAAUACUGUUUUGUAGCUCCAUUGUACAUGACCUUGCAUAUCGAGCUGCAAACAUAGCUAUUGAAAAAGAGAAUUCAGUUAUGUUUGAAGAUUUGCGGCCCACAGUGACUGUAGUGGGCAAAGCAAAUUCGGAUAGAAGGGAUCCGCGUGGUAGAACCUCUGGUAGACGUAAUUCUAAGUCCUCACUAAAGACUAGGCAGAAGAUGGAUACAGACACAAAAUCUCCUCGAAACGACACCAACACCGAGAGUGAUGAGAAAACCGACAAAUCCACAACUCGCAUUGUAGGAGCUCCUAUUAAAGGUGAUAGCUUGAAUCCUCCAAAACUUGAAUCCAAGUGCAACUGCACCAUAAUGUGAGUAUUCUUGGUGCAAUUCAGUUCAUGGGGGCCUAUUUGGUAAUCAACAAUUCCUUUUUUUGUUUGUUUUGAAUUAUUUUGUAAGAAGGAAAUGUGUUUCUAAUAACAUAAUCAUUGUAAAGUUUAAUUGAUUGUUAGGGAGAUAAAUAGCAGAAGGCAUUGGAGGUUGUUCCAAUGGCCGUAUUCUUGUUAGUCAUUUGUAUGUGAUUGUAGUUUUCCACUGGAGAGCAAGUGUGAAUUCUUUUUACUUUCUGGUGCUAGAGGAAAUCCUUAAUUCAGAACCCCUCCAUUUGUGUUCAUUA